AUGACAAUCAAUUAUAAGCAAAAAUGGGUACAAGAUUUACCACCACCAGGAGGUUUUCCAGCAUUAGAGUAUGGUAGACAAACACCAAAGAUGAUCUCUGGUUAUAAAUUGUUUGGUGCCACCUUUUUGAUCAUGGGUGUUGGUACUUACAUUUAUCUUCGUGGAAGAAUUCAAGAUUUACAAGAUGAUGAUGUAGAGAGAGUACGUUUAUCAAAGAUUUUACCAAUUGUACAAGCUGAAAACGAUAUUAUGUUUUUAGGUGCAGCACACAAGAAUGUAUAUCUCACUCGUUGGAUGCCACCCAUUGUCAACAACAAUGGAUUAUACAGAUUUAUCCCAAGAGAAUAUGGUGCUCAAAAGGAAACAACUCACCAUCAUUAA